GUGCUGGUUUCCUUUGAAAUAUUUACGUUAUAAAAUUUAUCUGUUAAAAUAAUCGUUGAUAUGAUUAUGAACGCUUUGUUUCAACGCGAAAGAAAUUGUGCAAGAAUAGUUGACGGAUUUUGGUUUGACCACCGUAGUAAGACUACGUUUAGAAGGCAGCCAUCUUGCAAUCCCUAAUCAAAGAUCUUCGGCUAGCGGGUAUCGCUGUCUGGUUUUCAGCCGGUUAAUAUCAACACACAGUUCAACAAAUGGCUUUAAAACGAAUUAAUAAGGAACUUCAGGACCUUGGUAGAGAUCCACCGGCACAAUGCUCUGCUGGUCCUGUAGGAGACGAUUUAUUCCACUGGCAAGCAACUAUAAUGGGACCACCUGACAGUCCGUAUCAAGGAGGAGUAUUUUUCCUUACAAUUCAUUUUCCCACAGACUAUCCAUUCAAACCACCUAAGGUUGCUUUUACAACUAGAAUUUAUCAUCCAAAUAUCAACAGUAAUGGAAGUAUUUGUUUGGAUAUUUUAAGAUCGCAGUGGUCUCCAGCACUUACCAUAUCAAAGGUGUUACUAUCAAUAUGCUCAUUACUGUGCGAUCCAAAUCCAGAUGACCCUCUGGUACCAGAGAUAGCAAGGUUAUACAAAACUGACAGGGAGAAGUACAAUGAAUUGGCACGUGAGUGGACGCGCAAGUAUGCCAUGUGAUGCGCCAAUCUCUGCUGACUUCAACAUCUAAAAGCCACCAACAAGCAGCCCCAGCCUAUUGCCACUUAUGCAUCAGCACCGAUUGAAAUUAGCUAUGGCUCGUCUACUUUUAAACUUAAGCCAGUACUCGGGCUCGGAGAAUGCUCAGAAAAACGCGAUCGAUCUGAAGUUCCCUUCGUCCCGAGAGGCCUGCGAAUAUUGAGACGUUGCCACAAUGGCAAUUGAGGCAAUUUGAAAGGUGGUCACAUAACAUUAUAUAUAUAUAUAUAUAAAUCAGGAAAAAAAAGAAACAUGUCCGCUUUGAUUUUCAUAAAUAAAAAAAAAAUGGAAGUAAAAUAUAGGAGAGUGAAAGUAGGAUUUGUAUUUGAAUUUAAUAGUUUAAUUUCUAAUCAUUGUGCUUAUUAUACCGUAAUUAUAUAUACCUACUUUCUCAGUGAAAUGAAAAACCUUAAACUGACAGCACACCGAUUGUUAGUUUUAAAGCAAAUGAGCAAUGUUUGCCCGUCCCUUGGAACGAUGCGGUCACUUUUUUGUAAGACUGGGCUAUAUAUAAAUACUACUGAAAAUAUA